AUGGGCGUCGCGGCGCGCGCUGCCGUGGGCCCGGCGGACGCGAAGGAGAGGGGGCCCCGGGAGAAGAGGGAGGAGCGGUCCAAGGGGCCCGCGCAGGACAACAAGGGGGGCCGGCAGAGCAAGGGCGGGAGCUGGGUCGGCAAAGACAGGAACGCGCCGGACAACUGGGGCGCGGGGAAGCGGGCGCCGGAGGACGAGCUGGGGAAAAACAAGAGUGAGGAGUGGCACGGCCACACCUGGCCGCGCGGCGGCGGUUGGGCCUCGUGGUCGGGCGCGCGGUGGUCGAGUGCGUCGUGGACGAGCACGUCGUGGUCGAGGGCCAACUGGGGCGAGGAGAACUGGCAGACGCACGCGGGAACCUCUUGGAGCAGCGACAAAACCCGGCGGAGGGAGGACAGGGAGGGGGAAGAGGGCGCGGACUGGAAGCGGCAGAAGCACUCGGGCGAGGGGUCGAAGAAGGAGGAGCGCAGCCGCGACCAGAAGCCGCGGGACAACUUGACGGAGCGGGGGCAGAAGAGGAAUGGGGAGCAGGAGCAGCGCCAGCAAAAGGACGACAGCAAGCGGAAGCCGCAGAGCAACGCAACGGACGCAGAGCAGGAACGCGAGAAGAAGACCUGCGACCCCAAGCCGGACGCGGAAGAGACGGAGAAGAACAAGGGCCAGCAGGAGGACGCGGAGAAGCAGGGCCCCCAGCGGGAUCCGUACGAGCACUUGACAGGCGAUGCUCUGCAGCAGACGGAGCAGGAGGUCGCUUUCGAAGCCGACUUGGAGGCGUGGCUGGACGAGACGGCGUGGUCGCAGAAGGCGACGGUGGCGAACGGCCACCUCGUGUGGUAUAACGCCGACACGUUGGAGUCCGCGUGGACGAAGCCCGCGCCGGCGGAUGUCGCGGACCAGAAGAAGAAAGAUGUCCUCGUGAUGAAGGCGGUGCGGGUGCUCCGUGCCGGCCACUUGGCGCAGGGCACUGCCCUGGCGGGGCGCCUGGGCAUGGGCGCCCAGGAGGCGAAGGACCGCUGCGCCGCCGUGGAGGCGGCGCAGCAGCGCAGGGAAGCGCGCGGGAACCAUCGCCGCGAGAAGCUGCUCUGCGAGAAGCUGAACCGCGCCGCUGUCUGA